UUACCGCUGUGUGAGGUCCCUGGCAGUCUGUGAAAAAACUGUGGUAUGUUCCCAUAGAUACAUCCCAACAGAUGAGCUCCCAUGAUACCCAGCCUACAUCGUGGGGAAACUACAGAGACCCGUUUGGCUUUUACCAUCACCUGCGGCAUAGCGCACAUAGUGCACACGCAGCGGCGAUUUCCUCUAUGACGGAUUGAGAUUCUGCAAAAAAGUUGAUAUUUGUAUCGCCGGUACAUAUCAACUGUCCCAUGCAUGUGGUCUUGUUUUUAUUCAGUAACCUUCUCCUUAACCUGUAAGUCGCCUUUUGCACUGGACGCUUUUCUGUCCCAGCUGAAGAACUGCGUGUCGCGCUCUAUUGACAGCUCCACUCAACCUUUAAUAUUUGGCCAGGAUGGACCUGCUGCAAUGCCAUUAUAAUGGUCUAUAAGCUUUUUUUCGCAUUUUGGAUCAACAUGCUGUGAGUUUAUUACAACUAAGGUCGAUCGCUAGCCGUCGCGCGCCCGCUUGCUUUUACGCACAACGAUGAGCUCGGAAAAGCCAAACUUUAGGUCACAGCCCGUUGUGAAGAGCGUUUUCAUGUUCCGCAACGGUGACCCAUAUUAUAACGCUCGCCGGAUAGUGAUUAACCAAAAGAGAGUGUGCAACUUUGAGACUUUGCUGAGAGAGGUGACCGGAGGGAUACAGGCACCGUUUGGAGCGGUGAGGAACAUCUACACACCUCGAGGAGGCCACAAGGUGGACUGUAUGGAGAGCCUUCAGAGCGGGGAGCAGUACGUUGCUGCUGGGAGAGAAAGAUUUAAAAAGCUGGAUUAUCUACAGAUUGGCUCUAGAAAGAAGAGGAUGUUGCAGACUCUUCCAGUGCAGGCCAGACCACUGCCACAGCAUCGAAUCGUCGUAUCAGCUCGAUUCUUGAAACCAAUCAAGGAGCCAUGUCCAAUAUUUGUGGUUGCAAAUGGGGAUGUCUUGAACCCCGCCAUGAGGUUGCUGAUCCACCAGAGAAUACUGGGCCAGUUUGACAAAAUACUGGAGAUGAUCACAGAGAAGAUGGGUUUGAGAGUCCUGGGUGGUGUGCGAAGUCUCUACACCUAUGAGGGCCACCAGGUGACCGAUGGGAAUCUGCUGGAGAGCGGUCAACUCUAUGUGGCUGUUGGAAGAGAAAGGUUUAAGAAGCUACCUUACAGUGAUCUGCUCUUCACCAAACCUCGCGGGACACGGAGGGUCAAUGGGAUGAAAGCUUAUUCUCUACCUCCAAUCUACCGAUUCUCAAAGCAAAAUGGAAAUAGUAAGUCCAUGGUCCGGAGCAGUGAUAGUGGAGAUGGAGAGUCCAAGGGCUCUCCUCCGGUCCACAGUGGCAGCAACAAGGAACACCUGUCCUCCAUCGUCAGAGAGAUCUCUCAGGCCCGACUUAUCUCCCUCAGGAAGAAGAGGAGUGGACAAAGCAUGACCCUCGCAACCUCUGACAAUGAUGAACUGGAAUCAAAGGCUGAUGACAGAAACGCUGAGGGCAAAUCCUCUCAAGACGAGCCAACUGAAGAGAAACCUGCAGCCGUUGAUACAAAAGCCUCAGAGGAGAAUGGUGAAAAGGCAGAGGAGAAAGAGGAGACUUAUGCUGAAAAUACCACUGAAGAGGAGACUUCAGCUAGCAAACAAGAGCCAAAGGAAAAUGAGGAGACAAGUAGUCAAAUAGAAGAAGAGAAGAAGGGAAAUGAGGAGACAAGUGGUCAAAUAGAUGGAGAAGAAAAGAAGGAAAAUGAAAAAGAGGGAGAGGCAACAGCAGGACUUGAGGAGAAGGAGGAGGAGCAGGGCUCCAGCAAUAGCAACAAUGAUAAGACUCAGGACAGAAAAGAGACAGAGGAUGGAAACCAUUCAUCUUCUGAAGGUGAAAAGGAUGAGCAAGACAAAACAGUAGAAAAAGGGACACAAGAUGAAGACAGUGGAAAGGAGGGAGAAAGCAGCAAAGACCCAGUUAAUGAUGUAGACAGAGGAGAGGAACAGAAAGAGAAGGAAAAUAGCAAUGAUGCAGUGAAGACUCAGUCAGAUAAUGAGACAAAAGAGAACAAUAAUGGCAGAAGUAGCAGUAGAAACAGUAACCAGGAAGCUAAUGUGAGCAAAACAAAAGAGGAUGCUACCAAAGAGUCAGGAGAGGAGGAGAGACAGGUGAAUGGAGAGGUCAGUAGUGAAGAUGAUCAGGUGGAAAGUGAAGCAGAGCAGGAGGUGGAAGAGAAAAACUCAGCCAGUCGCAAAGAUGCCACAGCAAAUGGAAAGAAAGGGGAGGAUAAUGAUAGUGAGAAUCAAGAUAAAAGCAGGAAAGUGAAGGAUUAGGAAAAAAAGAGCAGUGGUGAAAAUAGUAAGCAAUACUUUACAGUGCAAUUUAAAAAUAAUGAAGGUGGUAACACAAAUUCAUUGAAAGCAAAGCAAGCAGGUCUAUUUUACUAGAUGGGCUUGUAGAUUCUGUACUGAAAAUAGCUUCAAAUAAUCUCAAAUUCAAGUAAUUGAAGCUUUGAAUGGCCAACUGCUGAAUGAUGUGAAACAAAACAAGGAAGAAAUAUUGUAUGUAUUGUAUAUAUUCAA